AUGAUACAACAGAUCAAACAGUUCUACCUCAGCGUUGACACAGAUAUACUGACAGCUAAAAACGGUGACACAGCACAGCAAGGCUCCAUUUUUUCUGGAGUUGUUUCCCACGCAACACAUACCAUCAAUGAAACAGCAGAGAUAAUCAGGGAUACCCAGAAUGGCAGAAAUUAUAGUGCUGGACUAACACAGAACACAGGUCAACAUGCCAUCACCCUCAAGAAUCAGAUGGAUAGUCUGGCUGAAGAGUGGAUGACCAAUUUCGCUAAAGAGGCUAAAGUUUUAAAAGAGGUUCUGGAGCAGGAUCUGAUGACAUUGAAAGGCCAACUAGUGUCCUAUGCUGACAAUGUCAAGAGUCAAAUUCAGAAGAGAGUGGAAGAGCUCAGGGCAGCAAUGGCUCCAUAUGCAGAUUCUCUGGAUUCUGAGAGCCUGAAGGCCACUCUUCUCCAGAAAAGUGAGGAUCUGAGAGGAAGUGUGGAGCAGAGCGUGAAGGAGCUGCAGGCUCAGCUCGAGCCCUACACCGCUGAGUGAACUGCUUUAGGGGUAAAGGGCAUGGAGGCUGGAGAACACUACAUUGAAUGCCAUCACAUACAGUGUCAAAAGGCUUCAAAUGACGUGUCAGGCCUUAUCAGGAAG